CUACGGCCACGCGCUACUGAGAUUCCGAACUGAAACAAUGGCGGACGAGUCUUGGCAACUUGAAACUCGAACCUCGGAAGAUAAGGGUGAAGGCAACGAACUCGAAGAAGUAGAGAAGCUGGAGGUGGAAGUGAAGCAAAUGGCUGAAAGAAUCCUCCAUUACCGGACAACGCUUCCGGAUCAGUUCAAGAAAACCGUUUCUUCAGUCCUUGCUGCUCAGAGACCUAUUCUUCCAAAUCUCGACGCCACGGCUCAACUUGGAGUCGAUGGAGAUCGUGUCUCAGAUGCAGGAGAACAUAUUGAGUCAUCUAAAGGUGCAUUAGUAGCAGAAGAGGAUCCUGAGACCAAGGAGAUAAUACGGUUGCUAACACUCAAGAUUUCUAGUAAUGUAUCUGCUAUGCCCAUCAUUUUGAAGAGGAUGAAUGAGUGUAUUUCUAUGAUUGAUAGGCUAGAUUCAUUCAAUGGAUCCAUACAUCCUAUUUUUAAAAGGAAACGGACAAGCUGACCAAGUUCACUUAAUUUUAAGAGUCCUCACCGUCCUGUCAUUUGAAGAUGAUAAAUGAUUGUAUUUCUGAUGUGGCCACGGAAGUGGCUGUUGAUCUGCCUGUACGAAGGAACAAUAGGCAGAGAAAUAAACCUCUUGCCUUAAGGGACUAUGUACAACAGAAUAACAGAGUCGGUUGAAUUGAGUUAGUUGUUGUAAACAGAAUCAUUU